UUUCCUCAUAAUUUUGCUUUUACAUCGCACUGUGGACUUGCCCUGAAUUAUUUCUUGUGCGAGAUCCAAGAACCCUCAGUUGGAGUCUGGAUCGGGAUUCCUGUCCUGUAACAUUUCGGGCGACCACAAAGGGACUAUAGUGCAGAAACCCUGACCCAAUGGCUACCUUUGGGUAAGUGUGGGGGUCCUGUAACAUAUUUGUGGUGGCCGCAGAAGCGACUAUACUGCAGAAACAACAGUAUUUAUGUCUAGGAGUCUCUCCUAAGACACAGUGGGUUAGAGGCCCCUCUUAAUAAAAGGCAAGGACACUUGACCGACCCUGGGUUGGAGGCCCUUCUAAGAUGUAGGGAGUUAGAGUCCCCUCUGAGUUAAGUCCCUCUCAGCUAAGAACAGGUUUGGCACUAUGGGAUGUUAACUGCUGUUCUUUUUGGAUUAAUCUGUCUUAUGCUGUUUGUUGAUGGCUGUGGGUGACAGGGUUAGGUAUGUACAGGAUCGUGGGACAUGGGGAGCUUUUUCCUCCCUAAAAGGGGAAACUUGAGAGCUGAUGGGACUGCUGGAAAAGGCUCAUUUGCUACGGACAAGCGGCGUCUUGAAGUUUUCAUUGUCGGCUGCAAUGAGUGGGUCUUUUUCUCUGGCCUCCCUAAGCUCAUCAGCUUCCCCACCCUGCUACAGGCAAUACUUUUCUUCUCUACUUCGAGUUUCUUAUGUUUUCUAUUACUCAGGGCGACCACCUUGCCUAGAGACUACAUAUUGAAAUUCCAAGUCGGAGGUUGAAUUAAAGAUGACAGGCCCAUCUGGGGGCAGAUUUAAGCCUUGCUAGUUUGAUAUUGGGUGCUAAGCGGAGUGGCUGAUGUCUUUGUUUUAUCACACGUAUUUUGCUCUGGCCAGAACGAAAAAAAGAUAAUUUUCCUUUAUGAUACGACUUGGCCCCCAGGGCAGUGAUGCCGCGAGCUUGAACACUAGGACCACUAAGGGAAAGGGAGCCCAGAAGCCUGGGAUGCUGGCAAAAGGAGUCAAGGAAACUUUUCAUUGGAGCUAUUUACAGUUUGUAGCAAUUGAGUAAAGUAUAUUGCUGUGAACGAAAUUUGGAACAUAUUUGUUUCUCUAUAUCAGAUUUCUCCAGAAUUUAGAAACUAGUUGAAUCAAACUUGACUUGUAGAGCCAAUAAAAGCCCUUUGGGGAACUAGUCUCAUACCUUGCCUACACAGUUCCUGUACGAGGUUUCUGACCUAUGGGUCUUGCUGUCACCCAGGCUGGAAUGUUAGUGGCACGAUCAUGGCCCACUGCAACCUCAACCUCCUGGGCUCAAGUGAUCCUCCAGUAUCAGUGGGCGCCCCCCUCUCCAGCACCCCCACCUCCUGCAGGAUCUGGGACCACAGCCACCACACCUUGCUAAUUAAAAAAAAAAUUUUUAUGGAGACGAGGUCUUGCUACAUUGUCCAAGAUGGAGAAGUAGGAAUUCUUAAGGAUAUUGUUACGGAGGGAAAAAACAAAGUUGAUUAUGGAAGAUUCCCACAAGAGUACCACGUCAGAGACAGCACCUCAACCUGGUUCAGCAGUUCAGGGAGCUCACAUUUCUCAUAUUGCUCAACAGUUAUUCAUGGACAUGUGCCACGUGGCAAAAAAUUUGAGUCAUUCCCUGUAUUCCUAGCUGAAGUCAAACAAGGUGACGCUGUUUCUUCUUGCAUCAGCUCUCAUAGUAUAAACAAUUGGCCUCUUUGCAGUCUGGUAUCAUCUUUAUCAGAAAGUGAGGAGUCCCAGGACUCAUCCGACAGCAUAGGCUCCUCACAGAAAGCCCACGGGAUCCUAGCACGGCGCCCGUCUUACAGAAAAAUUUUGAAAGACUUAUCUUCUGAAGAUACACGGGGCAGAAAAGGAGACGGAGAAAAUUCUGGAGUUUCUGCUGUCACUUCUAUGUCUGUUCCAACUCCCAUCUAUCAGACUAGCAGCGGACAGUACAUUGCCAUUGCCCCAAAUGGAGCCUUACAGUUGGCAAGUCCAGGCACAGAUGGAGUACAGGGACUUCAGACAUUAACCAUGACAAAUUCAGGUAGUACUCAGCAAGGUACAACUAUUCUUCAGUAUGCGCAGACCUCUGAUGGACAGCAGAUACUUGUGCCCAGCAAUCAGGUGGUUGUACAGACUGCAUCAGGAGAUAUGCAAACGUAUCAGAUCCGAACUACACCUUCAGCUACUUCUCUGCCACAAACUGUGGUGAUGACAUCUCCUGUGACUCUUACCUCUCAGACAACUAAGACAGAUGACCCCCAAUUGAAAAGAGAAAUAAGGUUAAUGAAAAACAGUUUGACUCUGGGAAUUUUUGCUUCCUUUCCCCCCCGCCGCCCCCCCAUUUCUCUGUACUUCAAUGGAUAUAAGUUGGCACUAUCUCUUGACUUUAAAGAAGCUGCUCGAGAAUGUCGCAGAAAGAAAAAAGAAUAUGUGAAAUGCCUGGAAAACCGAGUUGCAGUCCUGGAAAAUCAAAAUAAAACUCUAAUAGAAGAGUUAAAAACUUUGAAGGAUCUUUAUUCCAAUAAAAGUGUUUGAUUCUUAAGAAAGAAAAUAUUUUUGUGAACUUGCAUAAAAAUUAAAUGGAUUUCUUAGUGGAGUUUUAUAAAUUAAAAGGUCAAAAGUUAAACUUUUUAUUUAGGCUUUUCCAACUCAAGGAUAACUAUCUUAUGCACGAUAUCUAGUGACAGAAGGAGAAAGUGAAAAAUGACCUCAAGGAAACUGCGGGCACAACUGGAAGCUUUGUAGAAAUUAAACAUAUUCAAGGAGCAAGAAAUGAACUUUCAGCAGUCUAAAUUUUCUAAAUAACCAAUAGUUGCCAAUCCAAAAUGGCAGAGAAGAUGAAAUUUGAUAAACUGAAUUUUUAAAAGUAAAUCAAUUUACCCUACAGGUUUGCAUUUCUGUUUGCGAAAUUUACCUUUUUUAGUUAUAUAUAUGUGUGUGUGUGUGUGUGUGUGUGUUUCUGCCAAUAAAUUCUAAAUUACAAAGGUAAGAGAAAACCUAGUACAUUACUAAAUAUAUAAAGUAUGUGUUCUGAUUAUGUAUACUUGUUCUAUUGUCAAGUCUUUUAAGUGGGUUUUUUAAAGUUUGUUUAUUGGACUUGAAUGGAUUUUUGAGAGUGGGUUAAUUAUUUUUAAGAUCUUAUCCUAAAAGGCAUCUAAGGUACAUGAAUGGAGUAUGGUGAUUUUAUAACAUUUUUUAUCAGAAUGGAAAAAGAACUGUUUAAAAGUUUGAUACUUUUAAAUAGUUGGUUUUUUUGCUUACUCUGGUAAUGGUGAUUUUCUACAAAUACAUAAUAAAUUGUUUUUUUGAUUCUAUAUUCUGUAUGCAGUUGAAUAUCCAUUACUUAUUCUGCUGUGCUUUAAUAGAAUGGAAUGUUUACAGGCCCUUAAAAUAUUAUUUUUUAAAAACCUUCUGAAGAUGCAUACCAAAGUUUUUCUAAGAAGAUUUUAUAAUCAAUUUAAUAAUGUAAGGUUUAUCAGAUUCGAUUAUAGUUAUUAAGGCAAUUUUAUGUUAGAGACUAUUUUGUAAUGUAGUGAAUGGUACCUUUAUAAGAAAAGUGACUGCCAAUAUAUUUUUAUAGCUGAUCUUUAUAAAUUCUAAUGUUGAGUUUUUAAUGAUUAUUUUAAAUGUUUAUAUAGUUUAGUAAAAUUUGCAUCUCAAAGUAUCAUUUUUAUAUUAUAGGAAGUAAAGUUUUCAGAUUGGCUAAUACUUGCUUUGUAAAUUUUGUAUGCAGUUUAUCUAAAAUUCAGAAAUACUGUCAGUACACCAGUGUUUAACAUCUGUAUUUCCAAUUUGUGUACAGUUGAAAAUUGUACUGCAGAACUGUUGUGUGCUUCUUACACAGUAUGUAUCAUAUUGUUGUCUGUGAAAUUAAAGGACAUUUGAUAGUCUACCGAAUGUAAAAUAUAAUGCUUGGUAUAUUAAUGAUAAGCUUGCUGGUGGCCAUACUGUUAAUUAUCCUAAUACUAUGUAGAAAUCUUAACUGAUACAUUUGUGUUUGACCCUCCUGAUGAAAUUUCUCAUUAAAAGGGUCUUUUAAAAUGG